AUGGCAGACAAUGGCCUCAUCGACAAAGUCCAUGACCUGAGCGACCUCGAGCUUGCCGUGCUACUAUGUCUUAUUAGCCGUGAGCACUGUCUGAUCAGCACACCGGCCAGUACAAUUGACGAGUUGGUCCUGGAGCUACAGCUGAUUGCUACAAAGACCUUUGGUCUCGAAUGGGCCGUAAUCAAUUGCUCCCCAUCCACCACUCUCGAGGACUUCGCCUCGGCGAUCCUCUCAACCGCACCGCCGCCGCCCGACGGCAACGCGCCCACCAAAUCCUACUUCCCCUCCCCGAGGCACAUCCCCUCUCUCCGGACCGGCUUGACCAGCUCAACAACCCCCGGCGGCGGCAGCACCGCCAGCCCGCAAAUCGCCAACGUGGUGCUCGCCCGGGACCUCGACCGCGCGCCGCACGCCGUCCAGAUCCAGGCGCUCGAGCUUCUGCGCACGCGCCGCCUCUUCACCCGCACCACCGUGCAGGUCGCCCCCAAGCAGUUCGUCUUCGUCCCCGUGCUCGCCGCGGCCCGCGGCGGCCGUGCCCGCGUCACCCCGCACCUCAACGACUUCCUCGCCAUCGCCCACUGGCACGAUCCCGGCCACGGCCUGGUCAACCUCGAGGAGCAGCAGGCCGCCGAGAGCCCGUACCCGGACGACGACGCGGCGUCGACGGGCAGCAUCGUCAAGAGAGCGGCUGCGCGUGCUAAGCGACACCCACACCCGACGGCGCCGGCUCUGAUAUCCAAAGACGACAUUAUCUGCCUUCGCGAAAAGGGCGAAAAGGUGCACGUCGACGUCGAUGUCAUCCGCUACCAGAUGAACGUCGUCUCGUUCCUGCGCAUGCACCGCGCGAUCGACCAGGGCAUCACGCCCGCGGCCACCGCGCACUUUGGCCAGCUCAUGCGCAACCUCGCGCCCCUGCACCGUCUCGACUGCGUCACCCCGGCGCUUGUCGGCCUCGCCGCCCGCAAGGUCUACCUGCACCGCAUCCGGAUCGCCGACCCGCACAAGGAGAGGAGUAUGCAGUGGGGGAGCAAGUUGGAGGCUGUCGAGGCCCUGUUGCAGGACGUCGGCCCGGAGGAGGUGCUCGACGAGGUCCUCACCAUGGUGACUGCGCCUGUAUAA